AGACACGUUUAGUUUUUUUUUAAUUUUCCAUUUCGGCUUUGGAUUCCACCACGGUACCGUCAAGUGCGAGUGUGUCCGUCGUCGAGAGUUUGGCGUGUGAUCUAGUAUUCCAUUUCAAAGAACCAAAGAUGACGCUGGAACAGCCUACCGGGGAGAUGUGGCAGCGCAUCAGAGAUGAGCUGAACGAGAAACCAGAAAACAAUGAGAGGGACCUCCAGCACAUCAAGGAGUGGCUGAAGCAGGAACCACAUCUGCCUGAUGAAUGCGAUGACCAGCGCAUCAUGACCUUCCUCCGCGGCUGCAAGUUCUCGCUGGAGAAGUGCAAGCGCAAGCUGGACAUGUACUACACGAUGCGCACCGCCGUGCCCGAGUUCUUCGAGAACAGAGACAUCAACUCGCCCGAGAUGAAGGAGAUCAUCAGCCAGAUCCAAAUGCCAGCUCUACCUGGUCUCACCCCCGAAGGUCGCCGAGUGGUUGUAAUGAGAGGAAUCGACAAAGACAUUCAGACACCGAACGUGGCCAACGCGUUCAAGCUGGCGCUGAUGAUGGGAGACGUGAGACUGGCUGAGGAGAAGGAGGGGGUGGCUGGAGACGUCUACAUCCUCGACGCCUCCGUCGCCACGCCCUCGCACUUCGCCAAGUUCACACCCACCAUCGUCAAGAAGUUCUUAGUUUGUGUUCAGGAGGCGUACCCAGUGAAGUUGAAGCAGAUCCACAUCAUCAACGUGUCGCCACUCAUUGACAAGAUCGUGCAGUUCGUCAAACCCUUCCUCAAGGAGAAGAUCAGGGAGAGGAUCUUCAUCCACGCUGACCCCAAUGACCUUUACAAGUACGUGCCCCAGGACAUGCUGCCCACGGAGUACGGCGGCAAGGCCGGCUCCAUGGAGGAGUUGAGCAACGCGUGGUGCAAGAAACUAGAAGAGUACAACUCGUGGUUCGCCGAGCAGGAGAAAAUCAAGGCGGUGGAGGAACUCCGACCGGGCAAGCCCACCAACUACGACGAGCUCUUCGGCAUCGAUGGCUCGUUCCGUCAGCUCGUCAUAGAUUAAGCCCGUUAUAUGUGACGCAAGACGCAAAUCCAUGAUUCUAUACUUGAAAAGAGAACGAACAUUUAUGCGUUCCGAAACAUAACCAGUAUACUCGGCCAGUAAGAUCUUCCAUGCGACGACGUAUUGUAUUGGUGUAACAAGUGUGACGUCACACUUCGUUACAAAUUAUAACAUUUCAACAAAGUCAUAUACGUCAAAUACACUGGCAUAUAUUUCAUAACCAAUCAAAAGUAUGAUGUCGACGUCUAGAUAAGGACUGGCCAGUAUGCUGGGUUAAAUUUCGGAAGUUACUGUUCGUUCCCAAGUUACCAUUUGUCAAAUUAGUCCGCCAUGACAGCUUGAACGUUUUUCGGUCAUUCGUUCCCAAGUCUUUGUCAAUGACGUCAUGACUUGUGAUAUGUCUUUUGUUCGUUACUAGCUGUCAUUGUGACAGUUUGCGUGUUGCGUCACUGUAUUGGAACUGUCAUCCCAUUUGUAAAUUGGUCCGCGCCUCAUCUGUCGCCUCACCGUUUCAGUAUUUGGUACUUUUAAGCCAAAGCAGUCGCUAAAUAAUGC